AUUUUCUGGCUGCUGCAGUGCGUGGGUGCUGGAUUUGUUUCUCCUUUGUGGGUCAGGUCUGGUAAGUUCGCGCUGUUUGUGGCCAUACUUCUGCACGUGCUUGGGCCCGGUGGUGGAUUUUCUUCUUGUGUGGUGUGGCCCUUAGCAUUAAGAUGAAUCAAGAUAGAUCCAAGUUAACGGCGGCUAAGCCUAAAAGAAGUCCAAAGGGGCCUCCCUUGGUUACUUCUAAUGUCCUCUUGUGUGCCGGAAGUUCCAAGCCCACUUCACUUUCACCAUCUCCAAAGAAGGACACUAGCAAACAUGAACCUUCUAGUUCUACUCCAAAGAAGGUUUUUCACCCAGUUAUUAAUUCCACAACCGUGGUUCGGCGUUCAGGUGAUCUCCAUAUUCCCGUCAAGCCCUAUAAUCCAUCUGUGGAGGAGGCGGCAAACCUGGGUAGCAACACGGCAUCGCUUUAUAAGCGUGCCAAUGCACCCCAUACUUCGCCAAAAACACGACGCGUCCGUUCCAGUGCUGCUGUGCGACGUACCUCUGCCUCGGCAAGGGCCGCUCAGCACGACACUCAAAGGCGCGAUGCCCAGGAUCAAACCAGGCCAGACCUCAUUGAAUUGGAAAGUGACGAGGGAGACCUUGACAGUGACUCGUCCCAUAUGGAAGGCUCGAGUGCUCCUCCUACUACACCACCAAACCAGCAUACUUCUAUACAAAAUGAAGUUGCGGAGCCUACUCCCUCACAGUCCGACUUGGAGAACCAGGCCUUGAAAUAACUUUCGCUGCGUAUUACCUGUGAUGAUAUACUGCGCUCUUCACCAUGGAUCUGUCUGCCGCUAUGUGUCCCCACACCAAUUUUGGAUUUAUAUCGAAUGAUGGCUAAAUGGCCAUUACUCAUGCUGCUUCUGGACGCAACGUGUGACCCAGAUUGUACACAUUACUGUCAUCUCGUCUGCAGUUUGGAAAUCAUCUUGGUGACCUGUUCCAAUCACCUAUUUUGUUAUAUGGCAGGGCUGCUGUCUUCCUGUUGGAUGUUGCUGCAACGCGGGACAAAUAUUGAUUUAUUGCGGAUAUAUUUAUCCCAACGAUACUUCUCAAACGCCUUGAUGCAGGAAAUUCGGACCCAACCUCGCUACAAAUAGACAAACAUUCAUACAGUAAAUAUUACAAAUUACUUAAAUCAAUCAUCCAUAACCAUACACAACAUUCAUAACUGCAUUUAAAUACCGCAAUACAUAAUAACUAAUUCAUUUUUCAUACAAGUAUAUCAUCGGCUAUAUAACCUUUUUAUUUUCACCACAUAAUCAAAAUAUAAACAAAAUAUAUUGGCUUUUAAAUUCACAUACAAAUUAAUUCACCUAAUUUUUAAUCUUAUCACAAUAAUCAUCUGCCUGGAGCCCGGAUCUCUCAUCCCUGUAACCAAUGUUCGCAAAAUUAUGGACACACGCGACCUCGGAAGGGACGCCCAUACUCCUUACGCUUGGUGUUACAUCCUCCUCCAUUAAUUCCUGACGUUCGCAAAUUUAUUAAUGCAUCAUGGUCCGGACAAUUCGUCGACAUUUCUGCUUCUCGUUAGUUAAAAAAAAAAAACCUACAAAAUCGUUUCUUUUGGCACAUCAUCCCCGGACUUGGACAUCAUUCAGCCUCGGAACUUCUGCAGCACUAACUUAGAAUCUACUUUAAUUUAUAAACAUUGUUCCAUUGUCAUAGUCUAUAAGCCCACAUUUAUUGUUACUAGCAACGUAUACAUACAUAUUAUUUUGUUAAACUUACACCUCACACUUAAAAAAAAGCCUGAGCCACACGCAUUUCAAAAUAUUGUCUUAUAUAAUUUUCAAAAUGAAACAAUUUAAUUUUUCAUUUCAAUGUAAUAGCUUUUAUUUUUUACUUUAUAAACUACAUUUACUAUUCUUAAGUCCAAAAAUUUUGUCUUAUAUAUUUUGUUAAAAUUCUUUAAAAAUAUCACAUUUACUUAUCACACUAAAUUUAAAUAUUGCACAUCAUAUCACACAAAUUUAAUUAUUUUUUAUAUACUUUUAUACCACUAUUUGUGCAACAUUCACAAUUUAACUUGCAUUUGCUUACCACAUUAUACUUAUAUAUUGCACACCAUAUCACAUAAAUUUAAUUAUAUAUAUACCAUAUUAUACUACUUUUGCACAACAUUCAUAAAUCUAACAUGUACUGCUUAUCACAUAGUAAUCAAAUAUUGCACAUUGUAUCAUUUAAAUUUAACUACAUUUAUACUAUACUAUUAUGCAACUAUGUACAACACUCACAAACUUAAUGUACCAUUUGGUGCCCCCAAGAGGGAAGGGGUACCUAAUCAUCACUGCUUCGGAUUCUCCCCGCAUUCC